AUGUUAACAUCUGUUACUGAUGCAAGAGGUGUGAUUGCCUAUAUCAGCUCUUCCAGCUCCGCCUCUAGUCCUGCCUCCUGCCACAGUGAGGGCUCUGAGAACAGUUUCCAGUCCUCCUCCUCUUCUGUUCCAUCUUCUCCAAAUAGCUCUAAUUCUGAUGUCAAUGGUAAUCACAAGAAUGGUGAUCUCUCCACUAUAGAAGGCAUCCUAAAAAACGAUCGAGUAGAUUGUUCUGUGAAAACAAGCAAGUCAAGCGUCCCUGGAAUGACAAAGAGUCAUAGUGGUGUGACAAAGUUUAGUGGCAUGGUUCUACUGUGUAAAGUCUGUGGGGAUGUGGCCUCAGGAUUCCACUAUGGCGUUCAUGCUUGUGAAGGCUGUAAGGGUUUCUUUCGGAGAAGUAUUCAGCAAAACAUCCAGUACAAGAAGUGCUUGAAGAACGAAAACUGUUCCAUAAUGAGAAUGAAUCGGAACAGGUGUCAGCAGUGCCGCUUCAGAAAGUGUCUGUCUGUGGGGAUGUCAAGAGAUGCUGUUCGAUUUGGUCGCAUUCCGAAACGUGAGAAACAGAGGAUGCUGAUCGAGAUGCAGAGUGCGAUGAAGACCAUGAUGAGCAGCCAGUUCAGCAGUCACUUGCAGAGUGACACCUUGAGAGAACACCGUGAGCAGACAGCCCUGCCUGCCCAGGAACAGCUGCGACCCAAACCCCAGCUGGAGCAAGAAAAUGUCAAAUGCUCACCUCCUUCCUCUUCUGAUUUUGCAAAGGAAGAAGUGAUUGGCAUGGUGACCAGAGCACACAAGGAUACCUUCAUGUAUAAUCAAGAGCAGCACGAAAACCCAGCCGAGGGCAUGCAGCCCCACAGGGGAGAACGGAUUCCCAAGAGCAUGGAGCCAUAUAAUUUAAAUCAUGACCGUUGUGCUAAUGGCCUCAAUGGCCAUUUUCCCUGUGAGAGCCAACAGCAGCUCAGUGUCAGUGGACAAUAUAAAGGGAGGAACAUGGUGCAUUACCCCAGUGGGCAUGCCAUUUGUGUUGCAAAUGGACACUGCGUGAACUUCUCCAGUGCUUAUACUCAAAGAGUAUGUGAUAGAGGUCCAAUAGAUGGAUUUUCUCAGAAUGAGAGCAAGAAUAGUUACGUGUGCAACACUGGAGGGAGGAUGCAUCUGGUCUGUCCAAUGAGUAAGUCUCCAUAUGUGGAUCCACAUAAAUCGGGACAUGAAAUCUGGGAAGAAUUUUCGAUGAGUUUCACACCAGCAGUGAAAGAAGUGGUGGAAUUUGCAAAGCGUAUUCCUGGCUUCAGGGAUCUCUCUCAGCAUGACCAAGUCAACCUUUUAAAGGCUGGGACUUUUGAGGUUUUGAUGGUACGGUUUGCAUCAUUAUUUGAUGCAAAGGAGCGUACUGUCACCUUUUUAAGUGGAAAGAAGUAUAGUGUGGAUGACUUACACUCCAUGGGAGCAGGGGACCUGCUGAACUCCAUGUUUGAAUUUAGUGAGAAGCUAAAUGCCCUGCAGCUCAGUGAUGAAGAGAUGAGUCUGUUUACAGCAGUUGUCCUGGUGUCUGCAGAUCGAUCUGGAAUAGAAAAUGUCAACUCUGUGGAAGCUUUACAGGAAACCCUCAUUCGUGCACUAAGGACCUUAAUAAUGAAAAACCAUCCAAACGAGGCCUCUAUUUUUACAAAGCUACUUCUAAAGUUGCCAGAUCUUCGAUCUUUAAAUAACAUGCACUCUGAGGAGCUCUUGGCCUUUAAAGUUCACCCUUAAGGCCUUUGUUUAUUUGAACAUGAACUGAUAACUAACUGUACAUUUUGUGCUAAAAUGCUUAUUUAUAUGUGUGUAUUAUAUGUGGAGAAAGAAAAGACCUUUAAGACAAUACAAGAUUGUAGGCUAUCUCUAUAAUCAAGCAAUAGCUGUUUGGAUUGAGAACUCUUCAGCCAUGAUUAGAUAUUGAUCGCAUCUCCCCAAUAGACCAAUCAGCUGUGUUGCACUUAAACUGGAGAAGUUACACUGAAUUAUCAUCACACUGAAUGUUAGACGUUUUCAUCUGCCAAAACCAAAAACCAUUUUGAUCUCCCUGUGGUAUAGAUAUGAUACACCCUCACAAGUCUCAGAAAUUAAUCCUUUGUGAUAAGAUGUGCUGUUGAGUGCUGGAAAUCUUGGUGUUGCCAAAACCUUUUAGAGCUGGUAAUUAGAGAUUUGGGCAGCUAGGAGAUCUCCGUGUUUGUAUUUUACUCUGCCACUGUUAAUCUUGAUGAUCCUGGGCAGGUUACUUGGUUGUGAAAAAUGAAAAUUGAUAGUGUCCCCAAUGCCCCACAUCUCAGAGAUACUAAAAAUGUCUAUAAGAGCAUAUUUGCCUCUUGGGAGAUAGGCACUAUGUAAAUAAGGUAAUUUUUUAUUAUUAUUCGUAAUAAUACUUUUGUUGUUUCCAAGCAUUUCUGGGAAACCAUUUGAGAGUCUAUACCAGUCUGUUAUUCAGGGUUCCUUGCGUAUGUGUGGGGUAUCCUGCUGACACACGCAUAUUCACAGUUUAUGGAUACAUCAAAUACAUAGUAUGUGUACAUAGUAUGUAUGUGAAUAGUUAUACAUAAAUAUAUUUCUUCACAAUAUUUUAAACUGUGAAGAAGUUUAUCAUACAAUAAACUUAAGAGGUGUCAAAAGACCCAAAUUAGGUGCAUUUUACCUGUUGAUGAUUAUGUAACCAUUGCUUUAAAAUAUUUAGACAAUAGAAUAUUGACUUUAUUCACUAUUUUUAUUAAUUUAAGCAACACUUAGUCCAACUUUCAAAAAUAUAUUUCAGAUCUCAUCUUUGGUAAAAAUCUUUGGUUCAAGGUACUAGUUUUUUAAAACUUCAUUCAGAUUCUUACCUUGUGCUAAUAAGGGUUGCAAUGCUGCCCCUUACAUACAUGCUGCAGCUCAAUGAUAAAGAAUUUUGGUCCCUUUUGGAGAUUAAUAUUUAAGGCAACUGUUGGCAUGUGUUAGCAUGUAUUUGUGUGCGUGCAUACACACACAAACACACAUGUGUGUGUUUGUGUUGAGUCCACAGUUUUUUUUCUAACACUACAAGGAUUUUGUCAAAUUAGAUUUAAUCUAUAAUUUGAAAAAUCAGUGUGUGACCUAGAAAUGGCUUAGAAAUGGUACAAAGACUUCAUCCUUGGUUCUAAGAAUGGACUUUAUGAAACAGAAAAGAUGAGCUUCUGUUUGGGAGAAAUAGUCCAAAUUGAGGAUUUUAUGUGUGUUUUCUGUUUCCCUGGAAAAGAGCAAUUAAUUGGAUUUGUGGUAAGGAUUGCCUUCUGUAUAAUGUUUAGAUGUUAUAAAAUUAUAAAUGUUAGGAACUUGUUUCCAUCAAGCCUGUUACUUUCAUGUCAUGAGCAGAAUGCCUUAUUUUGUAAUCUUGAAUAAUUUGUUGUUACUGAGAUUUUAAUUUCUGUGGCAUGUGUAACUUGUUUUUUUUAAAAAAGGAUGACCCUCUCAUUGUAAAGGAGGAAAGGAGAUGGUGAUAGAAUAUGACAUAAGCCGUAAUUGUGAUUUACCUUAUGUGGGUAUGACUUCUAUGGGAUAUACAGUUAGAGUUUUGUGACAUCUUUACAUGGUAGCAUUAUCUUUUUAUAUUUUUCCUAAGAUAAACAAAUGCAUAGUUUUCUCUAUGAUGGAUUGAAAUGGCUUUUUGAAAUAAUACUGAAAACCUCAAAGAUC